AUAGUAACCUGGUUAUUUGAUAUAAUGUUCUGUUCUGCUUCACUUGUCAGUGGAAAUGCCUUUUGUCUUUCAGUGCACUCUUCUUCAAUUCUUCGUCCAGUGUUUUAUAGGUUGUAUUCAGCUUCUCACUUCUUUGUUCAUCCUAGUACUGGUUCAUCUUCAGUUUCUCUAUCUUCCUUUUCUCUAUCAGCUUCCCUGUUUCCGUCGAGAUCCACUUCUUGUCUUGUUUCCUUCUCCUUCCCCAUACGGUUAUGCAGGUUUCGUUUCAUGUCUCUUUCAAAGACUUUCAGUGUUCUUCCGAGCAAGUUUCUUCAAGGAUGUUGCUCAAUGUCUCCCAUUUUGUCCUGAUGACUGGCUGACGUGAAUAUGACGUUCGUAGUUUCGUCCCUCAGUUCAGUUUCUGUUCUGGGUGUUGAACUUAAACUUGAACUGUGCUCCAUCACCAACUUCUUUGAAGGCUUUUAACUUGAUCCCGAAGGUAGGUUCCUUAUACCAGGUGGUCUGAACCUACAUCUCCUCCCCUUCAUCAUCUUGUCUCCAGUAGGCUGUGUCUACAUCUCCACUUUCUUUACAUUGAGAUGAAGUCGAUCUGAUUUUAGUGUGUCCUGGUGUCUGGUG